AUGGCAAACGCGAGGCAGACGGGGAGGAAGAGCACAGGUGGGAAGGCCCCACGCAAGCAGAUAGCUGUAAAGGCCGCUCGUUCUACGAAACAAGAUGGAGACCGUCGGAACCAUUUCAUGUUCCAGUUGUCAGAACGCACGGACAUCAUAAAAGUUUCCAAAUCAAGCGCCGCCGCCGCCCCUCCUCAUGACUACCAUAUAUAG